CUUUUCAAUUGUUCUAUGGGAGAUUGGAACGCGUAAAAUUCCAUUUAAUGAAAUAAAAGAUGAUAUCGAAGUCACUAUAUCUGUAAUUGAAAAAAAUUAUCGCCCAACACCUGAUCCCCCUGAUGCACCUUUAGAGUAUAUCAAAAUAAUUAAACAAGGAUGGUCGAUUGAUAAAUUAGAUCGGCCAACUAUUAUGGAAAUAAGAGAAAAACUUCACAAUUUAUCAAAAGAAUAUCAAAAAAAUUGCAGUCUUGCACCUAUUCCUCACAAUAGUGACUCUACGCCUAUAUUUAAUGAAACUUUGAAUGCAAAAUUGAUAAAACCUGAGAAACAGGAGCAGUCUUCACUUCCUCCAAUUGAAGACAUAAUUAAGCUGCACGAAAAUAAGAAAUAUGCCGAAGCUUUCCCAUUAUUCCAGCGAUAUAGCGAGCUUUCACAUGUUGAUAAUGCAUUAGCAAAAUUUUAUUAUGGUUACUAUUUGCAUGGCGGCAGUAAAUACGGCGUUUCAAAAGAUGAUGACAUGGCGAUUCAUUAUUUACGUGAAGCGGCUGACGCGGGUGUAUUGAAAGCGCAAUUCUACUGCGCAGAGGUAUACCUUAAGAGCACUAGUGAUUCAGAUAUUCAUAAUAAAGAGAGCGGUAUUAAAUAUUUAAAAAUGGCUGUUGACCGUGAUGAUCGACAAGCACUAGAAAUGUGGGCGGAAAUCUUAUAUUAUGGAAUGUAUGACCAAGAUAGUAAUCCAAAAGAGGCAAUCAAUGCUUGGAAAAGGGCAGAAAAGAAUGGAAGUAAAAUCGCAAAAAAAUGGUUAAGUAAGAUCGAAAAAAAUACGGAAUAA